GCACAUGCACGACACAUGCAUGUACUUGACAGAAUCGCCUCGAUCAUACAUGCAAACGAGUGAACGAUUAAUCAAUCGCGCAUCAUCCCGCAGCGCUUUGCAGCCCGGACACCUGAGCGCGUCCCCGCCGCCGCCCGCGAGCGCGAGCUCCUCUGUCUGAGGCGCGCGCGCACCUCCUCCUGCCGCAAGUGGACGAGCUGUCGGCUGAGAACCAUGGAUGAAGACAUCGGGAAGAAAAAGAACUCCUGCAACGGCGAUGUGUCGUCCGGCACGGUGUCACAACCCCAGCAAGGUGACGGAGAAGUGAAGGCUGCCAUGCUACGCAAGGAUGUGGGGUUGUUCAGUGGGAUCUGCCUCAUUGUGGGAACAAUGAUUGGUUCUGGGAUCUUCAUCUCCCCAAAGGCAGUUCUGGCUACAACGGGUGCGGUGGGACCAUGUCUGUGCGUGUGGGCUGCCUGUGGGGUCCUAGCGACCCUGGGUGCCCUGUGUUAUGCGGAACUUGGAACCAUGAUCACCAAGUCUGGAGGAGAAUAUCCAUAUUUAAUGGAAGGGUUUGGCCCCAUCAUUGCCUAUCUCUACUCCUGGACCACCAUCAUGGUCCUGAAACCCUCCUCUUUCGCUAUCAUCGCCCUCAGCUUCGCUGAAUAUGCAGGCACUCCUUUCUACCCAGGCUGCAUUCCUCCGUUGGUGGUCAUAAAGUGUCUGGCAGCUGCCUCUAUCUUGUUGAUCACAAUAGUGAACUGCAUCAGUGUGAAACUCGCCAGCUAUGUACAGAACAUCUUCACUGCCGCAAAGCUCUUCAUUAUUCUCGUCAUCAUACUGGCUGGGAUUGUGCUGCUGGCGCAAGGAAAAACAAAAAAUCUAACAAAUACCUUUGACGGAGCUUCAACUUCUUUUGGAAACAUUGGCCUGGCAUUCUACAAUGGACUGUGGGCUUAUGAUGGGUGGAAUCAGCUGAACUUCAUCACAGAGGAGCUUAAAAAUCCAUACCGGAACCUUCCCCUGGCAAUCAUUAUAGGGAUUCCUCUGGUGACCAUCUGCUACAUCCUUGUAAACGUUGCCUAUUUCACCGUUAUGACCCCCACCGAGCUACUGCAGUCCCCAGCGGUGGCUGUGACAUUUGGCGAUCGGGUCCUCUACCCAGUGUCCUGGGUGGUCCCACUUUUUGUGGUGUUUUCCACGUUUGGGGCCGCAAAUGGGAGCUGCUUUACUGCUGGCAGGCUCACUUAUGUGGCAGGGCGGGAAGGACACAUGGUGAAAAUUCUCUCAUAUAUCAGCCUGAAGCGCUGCACACCAGCUCCUGCGGUCAUGUUCAAUGGCUUCCUCACCAUCCUGUACAUCAUGCCUGCAGACAUUAACACGCUCAUCAAUUACUUCAGCUUUGCCCAGUGGGUCUUUUAUGGGCUCACAGUGCUGGUGCUCAUUGUCAUGCGCUUCACCAGGAAGGAGUGGAACAGACCGGUCAAGGUGCCUAUUAUCAUUGCUGUGCUGGUGUUCCUGGUGUCCUGCUAUCUAGUCCUCGCUCCUAUUGUUGACAAGCCUGAGGUGGAGUAUCUCUACUGCACCAUCUUCAUUUUCAGUGGGAUGAUAUUUUACUUCCCUUUCGUUCACUGCAAAUUAUCCUGGACGAGGAAAAUCAUGAGACCGAUCACCAUGCACCUUCAGUUGCUCAUGGAAGUCGUCCCACCCGAGAAGAUUGAAUGAAUCAAACGGGGACACUUCUAAGAAUAUCGGAGGAAUGCAAUUCCAGAAGUGCAAAAAUUAUAGAAACAUGCAUGAAGUCAGUCGACAAUAAUGCCCAGAAACACACAUUAAAUGGGCAAUGAGACAAUAACUGGUCUAAAUCUCCAACCAGUCUAUAGAUGCAGUAACACCUCAAUGUUCUGUACCAUAUGCUCUCAAACUUUUCAGACAACUCAUGCACUUUCCGUGUGAUUUUAACUUCAUUCAACUUCAUUCCCUGUUCUCAUGAAUUAAUUUUAUAUGUUUGUUUUAAAAUUGUUAAUGUGUAAUCUGUUGUCGGCCUUUGAUUUGCCUUCUUUAUGCAACUGGUAACAGAGACAAAGCAGCUUAUUUUACCAAUUUUGUUUAUGUCCUCCAUGAACUGACUUAAUUUAUAAUUAUUCUAUAACAUAUAUACAUAAGGAUGAAAACAUGGAUUAAGAAGCUACACUGUAACUAAUGUACAAUUUCUACUGUAUUUGCAUGGAAUAUUCAUAACUGAGUUUGUGUCUCUCUCCCUCCCCCCGUUUUUGAAAAGGCAUAUGCUUAUACAUAUUCUCAAAGUCACACCUAAAAAUAAACAUU